AUGUCGCCCGAAUCAGACUAUCAAGUAACCCUCUGCACGAGCGGCGCCCAACUCCGAGGGGCAUGCGAUGUCCGACUAACCGUCUUCGUCAAGGAACAAGGCUACGCCCUCUCAGACGAAAUAGAUCAAUAUGAUCCCCUAGCAGCACAUUUCAUCCUCACCUCCAACGCCGAUCCUUCCACCGUGCUUGGCACCCUUCGCCUUCUACCUUACCCACUACCAAUACCAAAACCAGACGCAGAAGGUUCCGAACCAGACCCAUGCUCAUCUUACCCGCUCGGAGGAAGCAGAAGCGAAAGUGCGAUCGCUGGUGAUUUUGUCUCCGCUGCUUGGUCCGCUCAUCCGCCAGUGAGAGGUAGAAGAGAUCCAGCAGAAACGAAGGAAGAGGAGAGACGGACGGAGGAAGAAGUGCCGGAAUUGGGAGGGGCGAAGUUGGGAAGAUUGGCGUUGAUGAAGGAGGUUAGAGGGAAGCGGUUGGGUCAUUUGCUCGUGAGGGAGGCGGAGAGGUGGUUGUUAAGGGUCUUGGGGAGUGGGGAGGCGGUAAAGAAGGGCGCUUUUGGGCCUAGGCCGAGUAAGCAAGGUGCUGCAGCGAAGGGGGGACAAGAGGAAGAGGGGGAGACGGGGGAGGGAGAGGGGGACGAGGAGGGAAAGAAGCUCGAUAGUAUCAUCAUCAAGUUGAGCAGUCAAGUUUAUGCUAUUGGCUUUUACAAGAAGCUCGGCUACACCCCAGUCGGCGAACAGUAUGAUGAGGAUGGUGCUCCUCAUCAGCUGUGCUACAAGCAGGUGUUCUUAGAGAAGUCGGCCUAG